CUUCCCCUCUUAUGUAUGUUUUUUACCUCUCUGGCUCUGGUCUUCGUAGUUCCUUCUAAUUUCUAUCUCUUUUAUUUGGUUAAGACGUCCAGGUAAUAUCGUAUAUUAUUAAAUUGAAAGGGAAGUUCGAGAACUCUCAAGCUAUGGAUUUUUGGGAGAAGGCGCGGAGCUUCGCAGAAGAAGCAGCGAAGAGAUCACAAGAAUUUACAAUCGAAGCAGCGAAGAGAUCACAAGAAUUCACAAUUGAAGCAGCGAAGAAAUCCCAGGAACUCACCAGAGGAGCACCCAAGAUAUCCGAUAUUGUCUCUGAGACAGCCAAGAGAUCGAAGGAGAUCGCUGUAGAGGCAACCAAGAAAGCAGAUCAGAUUAAGACAGAGGCAUUGAAGCGGGCGGACCAGAUUAAGUCCCUCGCUGAAGGGAUCUCUCCUCAGAUUCCUGUCCCUGUGAUCUCGCUUAUUGAUUCCUCUUCUGCUGACCCUUCCUCGUCGGAUCUCGAGAAAUUUGGGGUUACCGAUGAGCUUAGGGAGUUCGCGAAAGGAAUUACACUCGGCACAUUUAAGGAUUUUCCCAUGGAAGAUGAGCCGGAAAUUGUUGAUGUUCCUAUGGUUUCAAAUGUCAGACAGGAUCUUACAGAGUGGCAAGCAAGGCAUGCCACUCUAGUUCUCUCUACAGUCAAGGAAAUUUCAAGGUUAAGAUAUGAAUUAUGUCCACGCCUCAUGAAAGAAAGGAAAUUCUGGAGGAUAUAUUUUAUACUAAUGAACAGCCAUGUGGCUCCUUAUGAGAAACGGUACAUGGAGGAAGUUAAGCUGGAAGCCCCAGAGCAGGCAAUAGAUGAAAUUGGAAAAGACAUUCCACCAGUUGGAACAACUUCAAAACUGGGCAAAACAGAAACAAACAGGCCUAAUAAGGCUUCUUCAUCCACCGAGCAGGAUUUGGAUGUAUUUCUUCUGGGAGAUCUUGGAAGCAGUGAUGAGGGUCCAGAUGAUGGAGAUAGGAGCUUCGAUGAUGAUGACUUCGAUAACAUUGUUAACUCGGAUGAUGAAGAUAAGAAGCAAUCGAAGAAGUCAUCUACAACAGGAUGAAAUACUCUUUCAGUAAAAAGAAGGAAGGAGAACUCGUUGAAUAAUUAGAGAAGAUGACACCAAUACUGGGUGGAACAGACGGAUUUUGUUUUGGGCGUCAUUGGUGGAUGCAUUUUGUGGCUUCAUUGUGACUUCUGAGGUUCCCAUGAGAGCCACAUGUGGAGAGGGCGAGAGCCUUCGGUUCUUUGUAAAGUUGACCUGAUUCCCUUGUUAAAUUCUUACUCAAGCCUUUGCCUUCCUGUAGCAUGAGCUUCCUUUGUUGAUUCAAAGACAUGGUAUGUAUUUAUUGCAUUCUCAAGGUUUAGUGAUCUGUGCUUAUAGAUUCAAAACACUGAUAAGAACCGUUUGUAUUUAUUGCAUUAAUAGUGUUAAAGUGGGUUUAUUGGCUA